AUGGGGCAAGUGAUGGAGAAGACUAGUUAUGGGACUAUUUAUAAGGCAAAACUAGGUGACGGUGGAACGAUUGCUUUGAGGCUGUUGAGGGAAGGGAGUUGUAAGGAUGGAGGUACAUAUUUAACUGUGAUUAGACAGCUAGGAAGAGUUCGACACGAUAAUUUGAUUCCUUUGAGAGCUUUCUAUCAAGGGAAGAGAGGGGAGAAGCUUCUCAUUUAUGAUUAUCUCCCAAACAGAAAUAAUCUUCAUGAACUUUUCCAUGAAUCAAGAGUUGGGAAGCCAGUGUUGAAUUGGGCUAGAAGACACAAAAUAGCAUUGGGCAUCGCCCGAGGACUAGCACACCUCCAUGGUCUGGACACACCCGUAACUCAUGGGAAUGUUAGGUCAAAGAAUGUUCUUGUCAAUGAAUUCUUUGUUUCCAGACUUACCGAAUUUGGACUUGACAAGAUAAUGAUCCCAUCUGUAGCUAAUGAUAUUGUAUCCGUUGCAAAAGCCGAAGGAAAGAAACCUGGAAAGAAUGGCCGGGACAAUGUUGAUUUGCCUGCAUUAGUUAAAGUGGCAGUUCUGGGGGAAACGACACUGGAGGUAUUCGAUAUGGAGCUUUUGAAGGGAAUUAGGAAUCCAAUGGAAGAAGGUUUGGUUCAGGCCUUGAGACUUUCAAUGGGUUGUUGUGCUCCUGUUGCUACUGUUAGACCGUUGAUGGAUGAAGUCGUAAGGCAGUUAGAAGAGAACAGACCAAGAAACCGGUCCACUUUGUACAGCCCUGCUGAAACUAGGAGUGGAAGUGGUACUCCCUUUUAA